GACCUCCCCCCCACCUUCCCACCCCCAUCCCCCACCGGCUUCCAGGCUGGUUCGCUUUUAAUUUCCAAGGCUUCAGCUCUCCUGGCUCAGCUCACAGCAUCCUGCUCACCAGCCCUGCUGCGGAUGAAGCAGGGACUGGGCUGGGUCCAGCAAGUGGAGCAGCCCGGGCCAUGGUGCAUCUGAGCCCGGUGCUCCGGUGAGGUGGCGGCGGCGACUCGACCCAGGCGGGUGCCUCUCCCUGGAGCCUUUCCCCAGCUGCCACGAUGUUCAGCUGGCUGGGUAACGAUGAUCGUCGCAAGAAGGACCCUGAGGUCUUCCAAACUGUGAGUGACGGGCUCAAGAAACUCUACAAGAGUAAGCUGCUGCCCCUGGAAGAAUAUUACCGCUUCCAUGAGUUCCACUCGCCUGCCCUGGAAGAUGCUGAUUUCGACAACAAGCCCAUGGUCCUGUUGGUGGGCCAGUACUCUACUGGGAAGACCACCUUCAUCAGGUACCUGCUGGAACAGGAUUUCCCGGGCAUGAGGAUUGGGCCCGAGCCGACCACUGAUUCCUUCAUAGCAGUGAUGCAAGGAGACGUAGAGGGGAUCAUCCCCGGGAACGCCCUGGUGGUGGAUCCGAAGAAACCCUUCCGAAAGCUCAAUGCCUUUGGCAAUGCCUUCUUGAACAGGUUUGUGUGUGCCCAGCUGCCCAAUGCCGUGCUGGAGAGUAUCAGUGUCAUUGACACACCAGGGAUCCUCUCCGGGGAGAAGCAGAGGAUCAGUCGAGGGUAUGAUUUUGCUGCUGUCCUUGAAUGGUUUGCUGAGCGGGUGGACCGCAUCAUCCUGCUCUUUGAUGCCCACAAGCUGGACAUCUCUGACGAGUUCUCAGAAGUCAUUAAGGCUCUCAAGAACCACGAGGACAAGAUGCGAGUGGUGCUGAACAAGGCGGACCAGAUUGAGACCCAGCAGCUGAUGCGGGUCUACGGGGCCCUCAUGUGGUCCCUGGGCAAGAUUGUGAACACACCAGAGGUGAUUCGGGUUUACAUCGGCUCCUUCUGGUCCCACCCUCUCCUCAUUCCUGACAACCGAAAGCUCUUUGAAGCUGAAGAGCAGGACUUGUUCAGAGACAUCCAGAGUCUCCCCCGUAAUGCUGCCCUUCGAAAGCUCAAUGACCUCAUCAAGAGAGCCCGGCUGGCCAAGGUCCAUGCCUACAUCAUCAGCUCCUUGAAGAAGGAGAUGCCCUCCGUGUUUGGGAAGGACACCAAAAAGAAGGAACUGGUGAACAACCUGGCUGAGAUUUAUGGCCGGAUUGAACGAGAGCACCAGAUCUCCCCCGGGGACUUCCCCAACCUGAAGAGGAUGCAGGACCAGCUGCAGGCCCAGGACUUCAGCAAAUUCCAGCCACUGAAGAGCAAGCUGCUGGAGGUGGUAGAUGACAUGCUGGCACACGACAUUGCCCAGCUCAUGGUGCUGGUGCGCCAGGAAGAGACCCAGCGACCUGUCCAGAUGGUGAAAGGCGGAGCAUUCGAGGGAACCCUGCAAGGCCCCUUCGGGCAUGGCUAUGGAGAGGGGGCCGGGGAAGGUAUUGAUGAUGCUGAGUGGGUGGUGGCCCGAGACAAGCCUAUGUAUGACGAGAUCUUCUAUACCCUGUCCCCAGUGGAUGGCAAGAUCACAGGUGCCAAUGCCAAAAAAGAGAUGGUACGCUCCAAGCUGCCCAACAGUGUGCUGGGCAAGAUCUGGAAACUAGCCGACAUCGACAAGGAUGGCAUGUUGGAUGAUGAGGAGUUUGCCCUGGCCAACCACCUUAUCAAAGUCAAGCUAGAGGGGCAUGAAUUGCCCAAUGAGCUGCCUGCCCACCUCCUCCCUCCAUCUAAGAGGAAAGUAUCUGAGUGACAGAUCCAGGUAAUCAGACAGGCAGUGUUAGAAGAGAGAAAGGGCAUGAUGACCAUAGACACACACACACACACACACACACACACGUGACUUGACAUAUAGAUGAGAAGGGUUCAUCUUUGUUUGAACACUUCCAAGUUCCCAGGGUUGGGAGAAGGGCAGCUGUACCUCCUCUAUCCCAGGAUAAAAGCCUGCGUCUCUAAACUUCCGCUCUCUCCCCCAUUCCCCAGAGACAUGAGGCAGUUGACUGGUCCACAGAUGGCCCAAGCCACCCUACCCCCAGUGCCUCCACACCUUGGCUCUGAGAAGAUGGGAAAGGCUUUCCAUGGAGUAGACAAUUUGCUUUCUUUUCUGUGCUUUAAUUUUUCCUCUUUGGCUUCCUAAUUAGAAAUUUACUCAGGGGCUAGGAGCUGUGAGGGAAAGGAGAAGCUAGGGGAGGAUAAUCAAAUGGAGAAACCUCCUUAGGGCACUACAUCCCAGACCUGAAGAGACACUGGCCCAUGUUCUUUGUAUCUUUCUAAACGGAAAACUCUGUCUUCCUCAACAAACUUGAACUUAAUUGAACUCUGUCUGCCAUUUUGUCUUCAAGAAUCCCAGAUAGGGAGAGAAAGGGAAAACCUUGGUAGAAAAGCACAAGGAAGCUGCCCUGUGGUCUUCAUGGACAGGGUGUUUGUAGUUCAAGGAUUUAUCAGGCCCAGGCUGUCUGGAUACUCAGUUUCUUUACAUAUACCAAGCCCCUACUAUGUGGCAGGAGCAGUGUUAGGCACUUUAUACAUGUUGGUCCCUGAGGUCUUCACUAAUGCCCUAGGCAAUAUAUAUCACCCCUGUUCUGCAUUUGUCAGGUGAAGAACCAGAGACUCAGUAGUUCAGGUGACUUUCUCAAACUCCUGAGGUCCCAAAGAGAGAGGAUUCUGAUCCUCCAUUUGUCCCUGUUCUGUGAUGGAUAACGGUCCCUAUGUUGCUAUCUGGUGACAGAGCACAGCACCAUCUGAACACACAACCCCCUCAUACAGCCUUCCAGAGUAUCCAGGCAAAGGAAAAGCGCUCACCAGCAUUUGGUGGGCCAUCAAUCUGACCAUCUGCCAUCUCCUAGAAGCAAACUGUGCCUUCUGGCCCUGUGCCUCAUGUUCCCAACAUCACAGAAGUCCAACCAAGCCAUCAGGAGAGUGGGCUGACCUGCUAGAUGCUGUUUGUGCCUAUUCCUGCUGAGCCUCCCAUCCAUUCACCUUGAGCAUCCCAGCUCAAAUUCAGCCACUGGAUGUCACCAAGCAGGACUUUGUGCUAGUUCCCAGAAGACCAUCUUGAGAGGACUGGGACCUUGUUCUCUGUAGAGUUUCAGUGUUCUUGGCACAAACCCCCACUGUACUCAGUGCCCUCCAUCCUCCUCUUGGCCUUUUCCUUGGCUUGCUCCCCGGCCACUGACCCAGUGACUGUCUGCUACACUCCUACUGUCAUGGAAAACAAAGCAACUGUAACUUAUUUUGUAUCUACGUUCAGACUAUAUAGAGACUGUUCCGUGUAUCUACAAUGUGCUUAUAACUGCAGUGUGUUUGUCAUUAGGAUUCAUGUGAAUACAACACAUUUAUCCUUUGGUACCCUCCUGGCAACUGAGCGUCAUUGUAUAGCACUAGAUUCUGACGUGAGGCGUCUACUGGCAACUUUGAAAGAAAGUAGUUCAUCCACUCAAAGGUCAUGAAUGGAAUACCUUCUCUUGGACUCGCGUUCAUGAAGCUGCCAGGGCCACUGUUUCUUGCUUUUCUGGAGUGGAGAUGUUUGCUUCAGCAUACUUCUCUUGAGUCAAUAGUAGAGGAUGGUUAAGACAGAGAAAUCUCAACUCAGAAGACAGUCCCAGUGUACCCAACAGGUGAACCAUUCCCCUAUAUCUUGUGUUGAGCUGGAGGUGAUAUAAGAAAGUAUCAGGUGAAGUCUGUUUUAGUUCAUAUGAAACAGAGAUGUGUGUGAGUCUCAUGCCACCGUGUAUGACGCUCAUACCAUAUUCUUGUCCUCCUCUAUUCCCCAUAUACCAUCUUGUCUUCAGGACCACCCAAAAGGAUCCAGAAGGUACAAGAAUGAGUUCCAUUUAUUCUCUUUCUGCCAUCUGGAAGGAGGAGGUGGUACUUGGGUCUCCUCUUAAUGUGGUGUGUGUGGGGGGGGGGGGGGUGAGUUCUUCUCACUUGGGCGGUAUCCCUCUGGCCCCAGCUGUUGUGACUUGCUGAUCCCUUGCAGGACCUGAGGGUUUGCAAUCGUUCCACCUCAUCCAAGGGGACAUUUCACAUGAGAAACAAAGACACAGAGUGGUCAUGGCAUUUACAAAAUCCUCUACACCUUUUUCCCGUACAAUCAGCUUAGACCCUGAAGAUUGCCAGUGGCGCAGAAACAUCCCACAAUCCUGGCCCAGUGCAGCUUCCUCUGUACCAAAGAGUUAAAUCCUGACCAAAAUAUAGUUACAUACUUGUGCACCUAGGUGAGUUGCCCACCACAGUAGGGUGUGGGCCUCUCUUCACAGACUGGCGAGAGGUUUCUCUGAGUCAUCCCCACUCUAAUUUGGUUCCCUCCGUUCCAAGAACUAGUAUGUGUGAGUUUGUUCAUCAAGAACUCUCUGAGGAGAAUAAACUUGUUCAUUCUCCCUGUGAAAUACUAACUGGCCUCUGUGCAUACUCAAACUAUUCUGUUGUCCGUCCGUCCAUCCAUGAACCAUCUUUCACUUGAGAGGUCCUAAGCACUCCCCACAGAAAGACUCUUGGGAAAAUCCUAGAGAUUUAUUCUUUGAAUCAUUUGGAACUGCAUAAUAAAGUUCAUGUGUGUGAUCA